CUGUGUACCGGGCGAGGUCGUUAACAUCUCCUAGCUAACCAUGGCCGUAGCGUCCCGCACUCUCGUACAGGACACUACUGCAAAGUCUUUCCUGGAUGUGAGUUUUACUUUGGCUAAUGCUAAAAGUUGGCACCCACCUUUUAUUGCAACCUUGUUUCGAGUGGGGCAAUGCCAAACGCAGGGGGUGCACAACACAAUGGUAAGCACUGACUUGAGCCAAAUUGUACUUCUCAUUCAAGCGUAAUAUGACCAUUGGCGCAUGCGUGCGUGCGUGCACGCGUGUGCGCGUGUCUGCGUGUGCAGUGAAGAAAUCUGCAACAGCUUCAGUGAAAUCCUGGUCAUGUGCCCCCAGUGUGACAAACGAUGCACCUUUUGGAGGUUAAAUGAAACCUGCGACUCUGCUAAGAGUUCGUCUAUUUAUGAAAACCCGGACACCGUAUUCUUCACAAUCUUCAUGGGACUUUGGGCCACGGUGUUCCUGGAGAUUUGGAAGCGCUACCAGACGUCGCUCGCUCUCCGCUGGGACCUGACGGAGGAGGAGGGCGAUCCGAUCCGACCUGAGUAUGAGGCUCGCUGCACAAGCAAGAAGCUCAACAUCAUCACCAUGGUGAUUCAGCAGUUGGUUGGCUCAGUGUCGGGCCAAGAAACGGCCUCAGAAUGUCCAUACGCGCUGUGAGCAGGACAUGGGCCUGCAGCCGCAGAGUUCGCUCGGACUCUUCGACGAGUACCUCGAGAUGGGCAUGCAUCGUGGCCUUCACGUCGGACAUCAUCCCACGGCUGUUGCACCACUACGACUACUCAGCAGGGCAUGGCGAAGGUUCGCCUACCGUGCACCGGUACACUGAGAACAGCCUGUCCAUAUUCAAUAUCAGCAACUUCCAGGAGCGGAGUCGUCCCGACAACCUGCCAUCCUGGUUUGACCCGGAAAUCCACACAGUGUACAGAUACAGAGGAUAUCGCUACCCGCCAGAUCAUCCCCAUGCGUACUCCGUCACCACGCUGUACUGGCAUAUACUGGCGGCAAAGCUGGUCUUUGUCAUCGUUGUGGAGCACCUGAUAUUCUUCACAAAGGCCUUCAUCGCCCACGUCAUCCCGGACACGCCAUCCCACGUGCACGCCUGCGCACGUCGCGAGCGCUUCGUCGUGCGGGAGAUUCUGGGGCGGGCAGAGCUUCGUCGCCUCCGCAACUCCCCCGCCUCCUCCUCCUCCUCUUCCUCGGUCUCGCCGAUGACGGCGGACAUGGGCCUGCUCCACCGUCCGCCGCACGCAGACAUUUCGCUGGGGGGUUACACCCAGCGUCGUCAGGUGUUAGCGACGGCUCCGCAAGAGCAGGGAUCGAAAGAAAAAACGAUUUGGACAUGGAAUUUGCGAUGCAGGACACUGCUGAAAAGGCGUGCAGCAAUGAAAUGUCUUUGUAGAUAAAGGUCGUCGUAAUAAUAAUUGUUGUAAAAUUAUUUUAAGUUAUUAAAAUUUUGUCAAAAUUACUUAAAAGAUUGUUAAAUGGUAUAUCAGUAAAAAUUACGUAUGAAUGUAAAAUUACUUCCGAGAGAUUAAAGUUAAUGUACAUUUAAAUUGAUUUUUAAAAAUGUUUAUUAUGGAAACGCAAAAUGAUCAAAGUGAAUAAAAUGUGAAUUUAUAAAGAUGGCAUUUUUUUUUACAUUACAAUGGCUAUAAAUGAAGAAAAUAACUGGAUUUAAAUGUCUUAAUCCGAAAAGGUAAAACAUUUUAUUGGGCCUAAAACGUUUAAAAACGCAAAACCGAAUUAAUUUGUUGUAAUGCAAACCCCUGUUCUGAAUUCAGCAAAAGCUCCUGAAGCCGUCCUAGUCACAGGGGAAUGUCCUUCAUUCUAAAAAUACUUCCUAAAUAUUUACGUUUCAUUACAUUAACUUAACAUGUAAUACGUUUAAUCAAAACUUGUUAAUAAUUAAAAAUGUACUUCUAUGAAUUUCUUUAAACACUUAAAAAAAAAACACGUGCACUGGCAAAUGUUAAACUAUGUCACAAUCGUGAAGCAGAGGUAGAAGUCUGAUUCUUAAAAUCUGAGAAACGGAGGAUGAUUCUCAUGGGUUUGAAAAGUUUGUGUUUUUGUAAAAUAAAUAAAUAAUGAUUGCAAGAGGCAGCUGGAGGCCCAGCAAAUCACGUGGAUGAUUGUGGCGAACAAGAGCACGGGUUUAACGGAAUUCCAUACAACAGAUAAGUACAUGCUGUCUGUAGAUCUAAAAUUGCAACCGCACAUAGAUUACUAAUUUACAAUGGUCAUUGAGCACACUUGUUCGUUUUAAGAAAAUAAGUUGGUGGUCAUGCUGCUGCUACAGCUGCGUUGGCAGCGGUGCACAAUUAACAAUAGCAAAAAAAAAACACAUUCGUCAAU